AUGUCGUCAUCGACUUCUUCUAAUGUUUCAAAUCUUGCUCUAAGAUCAGUUAGUAUUGCUGGUGCUUCUUCUUCUUCCUCGGGUAUUCCAAAGAGAAUUUCAUCAAGUACAGAAUUUUCAACCAUCACUCCUUCAAAAACUUUUAAAAAAGUAAUUCAACAAAAUCCAUCUAUUCUUCAAAUAUAUACUAAUUUGGUUCAAACAGGUACUUUAUUUGUAACUUCCUUAUAUUGUCUCAUCCUUAACUUGAACAAUUCAAAAGUUCCGAAUAAAGGUGCAAUUUUCACUGAUACUUAUAAUGACUUGUUUUCCAAUUUAGCUUAUAUUGAAGAUCCAAUUGAAAUUCCUAAAGAUGAGUUUAAUUUGAUAUUGGAAAUGUUUAAUGAUUUGUUUAAUAAUUUCAAUUUUAUUACUUUAUCUCAAAAUAAAAUCAAGAAUAAAAAAUUACAACAAGAAAUAAGUAACCAUUUCAAAAAUAGACAAAUUGUAAUGGAUGAAAAAAAUGAUUUUAUGAGAGAAACUUUAUCUGCUGCUUUAAAUGAUUGGUUCACUAAUUUGAAAAGAUGA